UUUACCCCUGAAGACUUUAGGAUUUAGGUUAAGUGUGUUAACUGUUAGUGUGGAUAUGGACACACAAGACUCAGAAGAGGACUCGGGGAAGAUGGAGCGUGAACACACACUUUCAGCCACUCUGCUGACAGAGGAUCAUUACAGAUGUUCAGUGUGUACAGAGGUCUUCAAGAAUCCAGUUUCUAUUCCCUGUGGACACAGUUACUGCAAACACUGCAUUGAGAUCUACUGGAGCAAACCAACUCAAGCUGAAUGUUACGCUUGUCCUCAGUGCAGAAAGAGGUUCAGAGAUCGGCCUGUGUUAAAUGUGAACGUUGCUUUAGCUAAACUGAUAGAAGAGCGGCAGCGGGCUGGGUUUAGUCCUGCUCUUCCUGAUCACUGCUAUGCUAGACCUAAAGAUGUGCUCUGCAAUAUGUCAUGUGACAUUAAGACCACCAGAAUAUCCAGAGCAGUAAAAAUAAUUCAAUAUGAAAUGUCGACAGCAACAGUGACUAAACAAAAAUCGACCUUGAAAGAAAGGGACGUACAGGGAAAACGUGUAUGUAAAGGGUUCGAAGUUCAAUGUAAAGCCAGGCCAGGACGACCCUCUGUUACUAAACUGAACAGAAACACUAUCAGACUAACCUGGUUAAAAGCUGAAGCAGAUGAAGAUUAUCCAGUUCUGCAGUAUAUGGUUGAGUAUAGAGAAGCAGGACUGGAGGGCUGGUCAUCAGUAUUAACACAAGGACCUCAGUGUGAAUGUACUUUAACUGAACCUCACAGCACCUGCUAUAGAGUCAGAGUAUCUGCUGUCUAUGAGGACAUCACCAGCAAACCUAGUGAGGAAACAUCUGUACCUGUGGAUGUGUGGAUCAUAAACCUCUCAGAGAGAAAGACCUCCAUCCUCCUAGAAGUGCUGAAACUCCAAACAGAGAAGAAACCAGUAGAGCUGAUAGACUGGACAGAUGAUGAGAGUGAAGUGAGAGGAUUCAUCCAGUGUCUGCCAUACAUCUCACAACUGAGGUUUGUUUCAUUCUGGACCAUAAACCUCUCAGAGAGAAAGACCUCCAUCCUCCUAGAAGUGCUGAAACUCCAAAGAGUAAUAAAACCAGUAGAGCUGAUAGACUGGACAGAUGAUGAGAGUGAAGUGAGAGGAUUCAUUCAGUGUCUGCCAUACAUCUCACAACUGAGAUUUAUUAAACCACCAAAUGAAUCAUCUGAACUGUGGGAAAAAAGACAGAAAUUAUUUAUACUGGAUUUGUGUCUGCAAGCUGCUGUCUGUCAGAAAGAGACCAUAGAGACAACUGUGAAGAUGCUGCUGUCAUCUGUGAAUUAUGAGAAAUUGGAUUUUCUGCUGGAUCUGUGCUCACAUGUGAAGGACUAUGAGAGUCAAACAGGCAGCAGUGUCCUACCAGCAUUACAGUCAAUUUAUCAGUCAUCUCCUGCAGUCUGGACCAUAAACCUCUCAGAGAGAAAGACCUCCAUCCUCCUAGAAGUGCUGAAACUCCAAACAGAGAAGAAACCAGUAGAGCUGAUAGACUGGACAGAUGAUGAGAGUGAAGUGAGAGGAUUCAUUCAGUGUCUGCCAUACAUCUCACAACUGAGGUAA